GUUCGAGCGGGAUUUUUCCACCACCAGCAGUGCGGGCUUUUACGAGAACGGAGCGAUGUAUGAAUUGCAAAAAUGUCUGGGUCUGGAAGAUUGGAACUUGUGAUGCUACCUUUGGACUCUACAUGAAGUCUGUAUUGCAUGAACAGCAAAAGAGGUGUAAUUUGUGCUACGCGGAGAGGGCAUUUAUCAUGCGGUAUGAGCAUCACAAAGCCCUCGCAAAAUCUCUGAUGCUAGGGCAUGCAUCACAGACCUCAUGGGGCAUGCAAAAUAUGCAUGACAAACUGCUGCACUCUUCCAGACCCAGACAUUUUUGCAAUCCAUACGAUGGUUGGUUCUGGUUUUUCUGGUGACCACCACCAACAGCAGCUUAUCCUGGGCAAAAACGUCCCCACCCCAUGGUGAAGUUGGUAAAUCUGCAACGCAAACCUCCAAGUUUUGGGAGUUGUGCAUGACAAGUUUCCAUCUUCAGUGUUGUGCCAGUUAGCAAAGGAAGCCGCAUGAGAAAGCCAUUUUGUCAUGCUCUUUCCAGCAUUAAAAACACGAUUAGAAAUGCCUCUUAUGGAGAUGCGCAUUACAGAUGCUCCUGGCAUUGCGCAUUUGUAUGACAACUCUGGGAUGGGGACGUUUUUACAUAGGAUACAGCUUUCCAUGUCGCAACAGGAACUGGAACUGCAGAGUUUGCUGCUUUCCGAAGAUUUGGAUGACAACGAUCAGGACGACGACAACAUUGGCCUAGAUCUAAAUGUAUCAACUGCAAAUAGGUCGCCUGGUAGUUCGGGAUUAGUGCAGGAGUAGUUUGUCAUGCAGGUUUUGGAUGCCUGGCGAGGACUGGAAUACUGGGUAUAGCAUCACAGGUAAUAAUCAUGCAAGGGUUCUUUUGCAGUGCCAAUGCGUAUCCUGCAUAAGAAAUUGAAAUACCGUUCCAACAUGGCCAACAGUGGGCAUCUUGUGCUACCCUCGCAAGGCAAAUUUUUGUACUGAUCUACAGGACGCAUGACAAGCUGCAGUUACUUCCCGAGGACCCAAGUGUAUUUGCAAUGCAUAAAACGCCGCGCAAGAGGAACUCCACUGUGUUGGCGAGUGGCGGACGAUCUACCUGCCGCAGCCGCUCGGGGCCGCGCAUCGGGAAUUUACGAAAUACCCGAACACCCCGUUGAGUGUGUUAUACGUGGACAACAGUAGUGGCUGUGAAAAUGAUAUUACAGAUACGUCAACCAUAACGGCGACUUCCCCCGCGUGGCCCUACUUCCUGAUCGGUCUACUUUCUCUCCCCGCGUUGCUGCGCGUGAUACCCCCGAAAUUAGAAACGCCAGAGUUGCUGAAUUCUGGUUUGCCUGGGGGCGGCGGAAACGGGGAGCAACUUCUAGAUCAGCAGAACAGCAGCCAGAACGUGCGGCGCGGCCGAUUUUGCACGUUGCCGAUUUUUACGCACAAGUGAAAAUGCAAAAGGAAGAUCAGUGUAAGGCCAAUUUUUACGUGUGAAGUGGAGAGAAGCUGCUCCUUCGCGGCUUGACAAGUUGAGGGCGGUGUGUGAAUGUGAAUACUUUUCAUGCAGCAAACACUAUCUAUGCUCCGAAGUAGAGAACAAAAGAAUGUAGAAGUACCGCAGUCAAAGUCAUGCUGCAGUGCAAGGUCUGUGAUUCUUAUUCUUUUGAAGUACCUCCAACUCAUCUGAGAAGUUGGCUGGUCGAGUGAUCUUCAUCUUUUUGCGAUCCAUAGCUCCGGGUGGCUUUCUCCUGACAGACGGCAGUUCCCACGUGGUGUUUUUCAGUCCAAGCAGUAAUGCGAUCUGUAAGGAUCAUCACACAGGCCCACGGAGUUCCUCGACCUCGCAGUCAGCUGUUGCCCCUCGUCACGGAGCUGCUGCCCCUGCGGCCUACCAGAAUUAUUUCAAAAAUAAUUCCUCCAGCAAACAUAGUAACACCACCAGUACAAGCUCUACUUCUGCCUCUGGAAAUCUUAACGCGAGCAGGUCAACAUCUUCACGACAGCAGCAGCAGCUCAUUCCCAUUGCCGGUUCCGGAAAGCGGGGCUACCUAGACGGACCCCUGGAAUUUAGCAAGCUUGACUGCCCCGCGGGCUUGUGUCAGGACCCGCACACGCAGCUCGUGUACGUGUGCGACAAAAACAACCAUGUGAUACGGCAGCUAGAUUUCACCACCGGUUUGAUCACAACUGUUUGCGGCAAUGGGCAGCAAGGCAACGCAGACAGCUGCUACCGCAUGUUUCAAAACCUGGACAACCCCAGUUCGGUGUCCUUCUCGGAGCCGCGGUUCCUCUUGAUCAGUUGCAGUGACAAUUCUGUGCGGAAAUUUGAUGUCCGGAGCGGCGUGCUGGAAACCGUGCUGAUUGGCAGUUAAGGAAACGACCCUGAAAUUUUUUUUAUCCCUGAAUUCUUUUUUUUUUUGAUUUGUUUCAAGUGUAACGACUUGUACUUUGGAAUUUGGAUUAGUGCGUUUGUAGUAUUCGAAAAAGAAAAAGUUAAAAUUUUCAAGUAAGUAAAUAGAUUAUUUGCUAAAGUAGAAAGUAACCGAAGUUGGUCUUGGGAUGAUUUCUAUUAUUUUGGUAUUUGUGCACCUUUGUCCACCGGGAAAAAUAAAAAAUCAACAUGGCCCCGGGUUCACAGGUUUUUGGAAAACAAGUCUAUCACGACGUAGAGAGAUAGAUUCCGAUCGGCUUGCAAAAAGCUGCAUAACAAGAUGAGACGGGGGGGAUAUGAUGUAAGCCCUACCAUAGGCAGGGUCGAAGAUUUGAUGUUAAGUAGUGCCACCUCCAGGCAACAAGAAUAAGACCAAUCACCAGGAUAUAGUUGAAAGCAGCGAGGACCUCCCGG